AUGCGAGGCAGCGAUCCUGCUGCUCACCGAGGGGAUCCGCGGUGGCUUCCCGACGUCCGCUUGGAGGAAGUCCAACAAAAAAAAAAAAAAGGAAAAAGUUAGCUCACUCACCGACAGGCUUUCUUUAACCGGCAGACGGACUCGAGAUGUUGGGCGAAGACAGCGAGCGACCAGAGGCUAUGAGCGUGUACUCUGUAACCCUCAGCGGCCCGGCGCCUUGGGGCUUCAGGCUGCAGGGCGGCAAGGACUUCAGCAUGCCGCUCACCGUAUCGAGGCUGUCCCCGGGCGGCAAGGCAGCUCAGGCUGGUGUCGGGGUAGGAGACUGGGUGGUGUCCAUCAGCGACACUAAUGCAGAAGACAUGACCCAUGUGGAAGCGCAGAACAAGAUCAGAGCAGCAACAGACUCGCUCACCCUCACCCUCAGCAAAGCUUUCAAAGCGGGAGGAGACGGGAAGGACUCACUCGUGCCGGCUUCUGUGCAGCCAAAGUACUCCUUUGCCCCGAGCUCGGCCAUUAACAAGAUGGCGAGGCCGUUUACGGCAGGUGGUGGUAGUGCCAACUCAGGACCUGCUAUCAAACCUGUGGCAUACUCCCCUAAACUUAACACCACGAGCUCACAGGGUUGUGCCAGCAUGCAGCAGCCACGGAAUGGCCUUGAGCCAACUCGCUCACCUGCCAAGGCCCAGGCAGCAGAUAAACCAGCUGGCUCCAAGACUGCAGCUGCCAGUUCAGGCCCUUCCUCACGACCGCCGUGGGUCACUGAUCCUAAUUUUGCCAACCGCUUUCGCCCCGACAAGACGAGCACGGUCGUGACUCAGCACCAGCAGCCGGCCCAGCCGACGCCGAUGCAGAACCGCAGCUCCAUCUUGCAGGCCGCGCAGCAUGCGCCCGACGACGGCGGGAGUACUCCGCUGUGUGGCGCCUGCAACAAAAUCAUCCGCGGUCGGUAUCUGGUGGCGCUGGGACGUUCUUGGCACCCGGAGGAGUUCACAUGUUCACAGUGUAAAGUGGUCCUGGACGAGGGGGGCUUCUUUGAGGAGAAAGGGUCCGUCUAUUGUGCAAAGUGCCACGAUAGCCGAUACGCUCCCAACUGCGCCAAGUGCAAAAAGAAGAUCACAGGGGAAAUCAUGCAUGCCCUGAAGAUGACCUACCAUGUUGAGUGUUUCAAGUGUGCAGCCUGCAAGACUGCAAUCAGGAACCAAGCCUUUUACAUGGAGGAGGGAGAACCCUACUGUGAGAAAGACUACGAGAAGAUGUUCGGCACCAAAUGCCAUGGCUGUGACUUUAAGAUUGAUGCCGGGGAUCGGUUUCUGGAGGCCUUGGGCUACAGCUGGCAUGAUACGUGCUUCGUCUGUGCUCUCUGUCAAAUCAACCUGGAGGGGAAGACGUUCUACUCGAAGAAGGAUAAGCCCCUGUGCAAAGGCCAUGCCUUCGCUCCAGUGUGAGAGGGAGAGAGAGAGCUUCGUCUUCAGAGGAAGAAACGCUUCUCACUCGCUCUCCCUCCUCUUUACCGCACUCCGCCCUCCGGCACAGUCGUACAUGUUCUACUUCUCUUCUUUCCAACCACACACCUAGUCACACUAUGCCUUUCUUCCAUCCUACAGACUUUGUUUCAAUAUUUGAGGCUUACUUUUAGCUUCGCAUGCUGUUUUCUACCGUGCUGAUAGGACACACUACUGUUGUAAAGCUGGAAGUAGUCGAGGAAUCGUUUCGUGUCAUCACCAACCUGUUGACUAUGCUUUGUAUUCUUUUACAUCAGACAUUAAAAAGUGCAGCCGCAGUUGAUCCAGAUUUAUUUAGUAGUUUGUAGAGAAGAAUUCCAACAUCGCUGUACUAAUCUCAUCCUUGUUCAACCUGAAGUGAGACAAAGUCCGUAUCAAGGUGAAGGAGUGGCUGCACAUUGCAGUAAUGAUCUGCUUCCACUCCCAUGCUGAGUGUAGGGGAGUGGUGACCCCAUUCAGAACCCAGGCUGAGUCCCUUACUGCAGUACCUAUUAAUGAAAUGGGGGUCCAGUUUGAGCACAAAAGUGGUGUCCUUUUUCUGCUUGACUGGACGCCUGCACCUCUCCACGCAAGCACUAACUGGAGAAUGGGCUCAGAUUCGCUUGAGUAGUUAAUAACUAAUUGUGAGUCAUGUAAUAAUCCUCCACUGCUCCAAUUUUAACAAUCACACACGUGGGGGAAGAAGAAGACGUUCAUCCUUCACCAUGUUUCACUCCCCCCACUGUCUUUCUGGAAUUGUCUUUUGACAUGUUAUAAGGAAAAAAGAAAAUGGGAUUAUUCCAUACUUUCAAAUUAUGGUUGAAUCUGUAUUUAUAUUGCUUUUUUAUUUUUAUUUUUUUUAUAGCCGUUUGAAAUGUAUGCCGAGCGCUGGAUCAGAAAACCCGGCUGAACACAUCUGUAAGACGUUCUGUUGACUGAUGUUUCGGCCGCCUUUGUUCUCACCAACACCUGCUCCCCAAGAGGACAAAGGCCCAAUGCUUUUUGUUGGAGUGAAAUAAGUUAUUUCAUAAAAAAAGACAAAAAAAAACAACUUUCCAUAAACAGCUGUUGUAACAAAGUCCUUACUGAAUCCCUACAAUGUUCUCCAUGUAUAAAUAAAACAUUCUACAAAUA